UUUCCUUUUGUACUAUUCAUGUGAUAAAUGAAAUGAUGAUGCUUUAUUGAUGCCCAUGGGGAUACCCUCUUUUUGCCUCCAUGUCACAAGUGAGAGCAAGCUUGGCAAUGAAGGGCAACCGCCCACAGUGGUACCCAUGGAGCUGGGAGAUAAGGGCCUCGCUCAGGGGCCCACAUGCUGAGACUGGGCUUGAACUGGUCACUUUCUGACUGCAGCCACCUGCUGCCCACUAAUAAUCCAUUUACAUUAUUUUUGUAUUAUGUUUAAGUUCCCUGUUCAUUGAACUACCACAUGGGUGUGUAUAUUUAAAAUUAUCUUUCUGUAUCUGUACAUAAAUGAUAACACUCUCCAAGUAUAUACAAUCAUAUAAGACAAAUGUGACUAAACCAAAAAACCUGUUUUAUUUCUGACAUGGUAAGGUACUACUGAAACCACUGGAGAACACAAAUGGUAAGUUAAAUCUUAUUUUUCGAAAAAUAUAGGUAAAUGUGUAAAAUUAAUACAAAUUAAGAAUAGAUAUAUAUUGCAAUGGUAAACCUAUAGUUCUACACUUAGAGAUAAAAGUACGUAGUUUUCAUUAUAGGCUUAAUUCGGUUUCAUCAUAUUUGAAUUACCGUACGUAUAACGGAAUGGCGACACCCCUAAUUUCUCAUUGAAAGGCAGCGAUGCGUGCUUACGUCAUACGCAUAGCACACGCGUGAACGUCAGCACGCACACGGCGAGCUCCAACGUGGUCCAUCUUUCGUGAUCCCCCUGUUAGAUAUUCCAAAGCACUCCAUUCCCGGCACUGAUCCGUUAUACAGAUACGAUUAGGGGUAGUACCGGGACCAUAGUACGCCACUGCUGACUCGCCAUGACUGAAAACCCCUUAAGUAAAUAAACCGGGGUGCAUUGCAAAAGCAUCGUGAGCAGGUGUGCCGAGGUGGAGCGACUGAGGUGAUGGUGCUGGAUCCCGGGGAAGGCUGUGGAGACCGGCUGCAGGGGGAGGGUGGGAUGGAGGACACCCGGGAUGCCCUGGAGCCGGAACAUAGGCCCAACCGGGCCAAGGCAAGGCCUCGAGCCGGCAGCAUCACCAAGGGGGCGGCCCCUUGCCCCAGCAGGCAGCGGUCCCACACCUGCCUGGAGUCGGGCUGCCGGACCAAGGGAGCAGUCUGCCCUGACGGAGAGGGGCUGGCAGCCCGGCGAGCUUCCACGGGUGCGGCGGCUCAGAGGCCUCUCAGCCUACAGGUGAAGCGGCAGCGGGGGGUGGAGUCAGAGCAAAGACGGGUGCAGCAGCCCCCCUGGCGCAGCGCCCAAGCCCCUUGCCCCCCCGCUCGCAGCCUCACUAGCCCCAGCUUGUCCCCCGGUGGUUGGAUGCGGCGCAGUGAGAGCACCUUCGCAAUGAACGGGGGCCUAGGUGGUGCGAUCGGUAGGGGGCGUAUGCGUCCCGCCACCUCCCUGCCCCACAUAGCCCGGGUGGGUGGACCCGCCCCGUUGACCUCACCUUCGUCACCCAAGGGCUCCUGCCUCCUGGUGGCCUUACGACCCAUUAACAUGGAGCAGGAGCGCGAGGCAUUCUUCCAGGCUGGCUUCCAGUACGAGCCCCAGUUCCAGUACGUCUCCCCACAGCCCAGCGCCGUCCUGGAGAAGUACAAAGAGGGUUCUGGCCUCUUUCUUGCACAGGCGGUGGGGAUCAUGGAGUGCGUCCUGAGGAAGUUCGCUACUUACGAGAGUUUUGAGGCAGCCACCGGGGGCAGCGUGCUUCCCAAGAGUCACGUGUGGGCAGCCGUGCGCAAAUACCUGCAGAAGGAGGGCUGCGUGGGGGAGGUGGUGGUCCGGCUCUCCGAGGAGCUGCUGUCUCAGGCUGUGAUGAUGGUGGAGAGCUGUAGGCCAACUCUCACGAUCAACCUGUCAGGAGCGAGGCAGCACUGGCUGGAAGGCAUGCUCCGUCAUGAGAUCGGUACACACUACCUGCGCGGGGUUAACAAUAGCCUGCAGCCCUGGGGCAGCACCAUGGGGCGGAAGCAGUUCGGCUUGAAGCCCGCCAACCCCACAGAGGAGGGCCUGGCCAGCCUGCACAGCGUGUUGCUACGGCGACAGCCAUUCCUGUGGCGCGCUGCCCUACUCUACUAUACUGUCUACCACGCCGCGCACAUGAGCUUCAGCCAGCUGUUCACCCACAUCAGCCGCUUCGUCGAGGACCCCGACGUGCGCUGGGAGUACUGCAUCCGGGCCAAGAGGGGGCAGACUGAUACCUCCCAGCCAGGCUGCUUCAGUAAGGAUCAGGUUUACCUGGAUGGAGUGCUGAGGAUCCUUCGACACAGGAGGAAUAUCGACUUCAAAAUGCUUGCCUGCCUGGGCAAAGUGUCUUAUGAGGAUGUGGAGCGGCUCCGGCGCCUGGCCGUCCUGCAAAAAACCAGAAUCCCUCAUUUCAUGCGGGACCAGGAGCGAUACCUGCAGCAGCUGGACCACAUCGUGACGGUCAAUGAGCUGGUUGACGACGAGCUCCAGGAGCUCAUCCCCUGAUUGGCCGGGCGCGGCCCACGGACCCAGCGCACCGGCAGCCAGGCCUGCACCUGGUUUCCUUUACCCAGCAGUAUUACGAACAUGGCUCAGUACCACGUGCUCAUCUGGACACCUGAGCUGCAUUGCAUGCUGGGAAAAAAACAUUUCCUCGCAAGUGUCCUGACAAAGAACACCCGAUUACCUCGGACGCUGUACCUCAGCUUGGCAAAGCCCCAUCCCUAAUCACAGGAACAUACAUCCAGUGCCGUUGUGUCAAACCCAAGAACUGCAACUCUUGUUUGGGAUUGCAUUUUAAAUUUUUAACUGUCCAUAAUUACAUCUGCAUUUAUGCAAGUAUUUAUUUUUAUUUAUUAAUGUGAUUUGUUAAAAAAAAAUACAAUUGAAAAGACACUGGCUUUAACCCUACUCUUUCUGAAAUGAAUUAAUUAAAAGCCUUAGAUUAUCCUGUAGUGUUAAAACCUGUUUAACAGCAUGUGGAAUCCCAGCCUGUUUUCAUGAGAGGCUUAACUUUUCUGUCCAUUGUAGUUAGUUCAAUUCAUGUUUGAAUGUUUUAAUGGUGCUUAACUUCAUCUGUCCUGUUGGUUAUCGUGUGGUGCGGUUACAUUGUGGAACUGAGCAAGAAUUUUAUGCCUUAAAGACGCCCUUGAAGAAUCAAGACACUAGCAGCACCUUGCAGGAAUGUUGACAGGGCUAGGUCAGCAUUGAGAAACGCUGGUGAGCUAGGAAUGGAAGGUGAGAACUUCAUAGGGAUGGAAAUUGGAUGGAAAGCAAGUGAGAGGAGAAAGGAGUGAGAUACAUAGAGAAUAAGUAGCAGUAUAGGUUAGAAGUGAACCUUGUAGGAGGUUAGUCAGAAGGCUUGGUUAAUGAAGUAGGAAGGGCAGAUUGCGGACACUCCUUUAGCAUAGCAUGUGGGCCACGUAGAGGUAGACAGAGCUACAGGUUUCAGCAAGAAGAGCAUGUGUUGGUUAGAAGUUCAGUAGAUACAAUCCUUGAUUUGUAGCUACUCCAUACUUGUAUUUUCAAAGCCGAUGGUUAUAAUAGUGUUGAAGUAGUCCUUCGGUGAAGAAAGGAAAUGGAAUAUACUUUCCUGAUGAUUCCACAUGAUGUGAUCAACGGGGAUCUAUUACUGCAAUGGUGUAGUGCUGAUGGGAUGCAUAGAGGAAGCAGGAACAUUUCAGGAUGAGAGUUGAGAGUCCAGCUGUAAAGUUUAGUCUCCCCCCUGUUUUGGGGAGAGCGCUUUGUAACGCCUAUGACUAACCCCAGGUGUAUGCCUGCCCAACGUGGCCGUUUGUAAUCAUAUAUCUUUGGUGCUUUACGCCUAUCCUUCAUUUUGCUCCUUUUCUCCCACUUUCUCUUCCAUCUGCUGUCAUCUCCCUUAAUCUUUCUACUUGCCAUCUGCAGACGGUUCUCAGAAGUGUCAGGAUGACAGCAGGUUAAUUUGGUGCGCAUUGGCGACGUUAAAUUCAAGCUUUCUGAUCAUGUGGGGGGGGGGAGCGGCCAGAGACAGACAGGCGCUGGCUGGCUGUGCCUUUCCAAACAGCAGCAACUGAGGCUAUUAAAGGUUGCUCUUUCCUUACAUACGUACUAUUCAAAUGCUGAUGCACUUAAUGUAUAAUUCAGCCUGUCGCGUCACUUCUAUUGCAUGAAUGUUGCACAUUUUAUGUUAAUCAGUAUUUCCUGUUUAUAAAGCCUCAUAAUAAAUGUUGCCAUUUGUGA